CGGAGUUGGUUCCACUAAUACAAGAACAACACUUUAUAGGAUGUGAAUUACAUCUUAAUGUACUUAUCAGGGAUUCGGGCGAUAUACACAGGUAUUUUCAUCUUAAAUCAACAAAAAUACCCUUCCAACCGGUUGAAGAUGUAACAGAAUUUGUGGAAACCUUGUUGAUUUUGCGGAAUAUUUUAGUGGUCAAUAUGAGUCUUUUAUUUCAUGCACAAGUACGUAGAUCACGUAGGCAUAUGGAAAAUAGCUCAACUGUUUUCUCAGAUCCUGAAUAA